AUGGGGACCAAGGCCAAAAACAUAGUAUUCCUAAAGGGUUUAAACGAUGCAAAGUACUGGAAAUUCUUCAAAAGAUGUGCAUUUGGUGAAGCUAACCCUAAUGAUCAUCCCAAAUUGGAGUUGAUUGGCAAGCAAAUAGCAAAAAAGCUUGUUGGCUCACCAUUAGCAGCCAAGACAAUUGGAGGUGUACUGAAGUCCAAGCUAGAGGAAGAACACUGGAGGAACAUAAUGGAAAGCAAAUUGUGGCAAGUGGAACAACAGAAGGAUGACAUUUUCCCAGCUCUAAAAUUAAGUUACGAGCACUUGCCUACUUCAGCCUUGAAGCAGUGUUUUGUCUACUUUUCUUUGUUUCCCAAGAACUACCACUUUGACAAAGACAGAUUAGUCAGAAUGUGGAUGGCACAAGGUUUUCUUCAAUCCAAUGAAUCAGGGAAGAGAAUGGAAGAAGAGAUAGGUCGGGACUACUUUGAUGAAUUACUAUAUAGGUCCUUCUUUCAGGACACCGAAUUGAUCAAACAGUCUAAAAUAUAUGUGGUUCAUGACCUGCUGCAUCACCUUGCAGAAUCUUUGUCUGCUCAUGAACACUUUAGAGUUGAAGAUGAUGAACCAGCAGAAAUCCCAGAUCGGGUGUGGCACAUGUAUAUUAGUUCAAGUAAUCUGGCUAACAUCCAUGAGAAUCUACACAAGCUGAAAAUUUUGCGUAGCCUCGAAGUCAGUGGUAGUUUACUGGAUAACCUCUACAGGUACAAUCUCAUAAAUUUCAUAGAAGAAGCAUUGAAACAAUUGAAAUGCCUCCGGGUUAUUGUUCUGGAUGAACUACCUGAGAGUAUUGGUCACUUGAAGCAUCUCAGGUAUCUGGAAGUCCCAGGCGGUCAAUUAUUAGGCCUGCUGAAGUCUGUCUGCAGGCUUUACCAUGUACAAGGGUUGAGUCUCCAGUUUUGUGUGCCGUUGCAUCAAGGCAGCCCGUUACCUACAGGAAUGCACAAAUUAAUAAGCAUGCGUUAUCUAGACAUAAAUCAGGAGAAAGUUUCUACUAUCAGCGAAAUUGGUAGAUUGAAAUCUCUGCAAGUGCUGAAAGAGUUUCAUGUAAGGAAGAAGAAAGGAUAUGAGCUAGGACAGUUGAGAGACAUGAGGCAACUUCAAGGACAAUUAAGCAUUAUGAAUCUAGAUAUGGUUGGAAGUGCAACAGAGUGCAUACAGGCCAGGUUAGAUAACGAAGAGCACCUUAAUGCAUUGCUUUUGUUCUGGAGACAAUUGGAGAAAAGAGACAAUAACCCUGACAAGCAUGAAGAGGUAUUUGAAGCUCUUCAGCCACAUCCCAACCUCACUGAGCUGAGAAUCACAGGCUAUAUGGGAAUCAAAUCUCCAAGUUGGCUGAACCAAACCUUGUUAUCCAAUCUUGAACAUUUGGAACUAGAGGAUUGCCAGGGUUGGGAAGCCUUGCCACCACUUGGAUUACUACCUUUCCUCAGAAUUCUGCAUCUAAAAUCUCUAAAAGCUGUAAAGCAUAUUGGCCCUGGAUUCUAUGGUGACAAUGUUACAACAUUCCCCUCACUGGAGGAGCUUCUGUUCAGUGACAUGAUUGAAUGGAGCCAGUGGUCAGGAAUAGAGACAAGCCAUCAAUUAUUCCCUCGCCUCUCUAGGCUACAGAUCAAUCGUUGCCACAAGUUAAGAGGAUCACUUGUUAUGCCCACUUUGCUUGAAAAACUUCAUGUUGUGCUCUCAGAUGAUCCUACCUGGGAAUCACAUGAAAAGCCACAAGUUAUUCUAUCUGAUGAUAUCUGGGACUCAUGUGAAACCAAAGAUAUUUCAUCAAUUCUGAAACUUAGCAUAGAUAACAUCUCACUGCUCACUGAUUGCCUUCCAGCCGAGAGUCUUUCCUCAGUGUAUAGACUGGAUGUUAUUUACUGCAGCUCCCUUGUAUCUUUUACUGAUGAACAAGAGAAGUGGUUCCAGAAGCUAACCUCACUCAAAGAACUAAGAAUCACUGACCGCGACAAUCUAACUGAACUGCCAAGUGAUCUGAUAAACCUUGCAUCUCUGGAGACAUUGCAGAUUCAGAAUGCCCAAAACUUGACCAGCCGUCCUGGAAAGGCCUGCCAAGCUAGCUGA